AAAGCCAACCCGACAAAGCCACACUCAAGACCACCCCGCCGUCAACCUACACUUCGAUCAAAAUGGAGAACGAACGCGGAGAGCUCGUUGACUUGUACAUCCCCCGCCGAUGCUCGGCUACCGGACGCAUCAUCAGGGCCAAGGACCACGCCUCUGUCCAACUGAGCGUUGGCAAGGUUGACGAGAACGGCCGCUACACUGGCGACAACCAGGUCUACGCCAUCUGCGGUUUUGUACGCGCCAUGGGCGAGUCCGACGACAGCUUCAACAGGCUCACACAAAAGGACGGCUUCCUCAAGUCGGUCUGGAGCGCGUCCCGGUAAAUGGUUGGCAUUAUGGAGUUGAAGUAUGCAAGCGGAGAAUGUCUCGGGAAAAAGGACGCGGGCUGACUGGAAGCAGGGAUUCGGAAUCUGAACUGCCUCUCCAAGACGGAGGCUUGCAUUUUACACCGACUAAGGGCCUUCACUUCCUUUUCCCGCGGAUCAACGAUAUCACGAGGAAUGGGAACUGGUUGAGAUAUGAAUACGAUCAAUUUCACA